GCGCGCACAUUUACGCGCUGAAUUUAACAUUGGAGUCUAUGGGUUGCGCGCCGAAUGCAGUUUCAGCGCCUAAAGCACGAUGAAGCGUUGUCAGCUGAUUAUUCAUCGGCUGGUCGGCGCUGAAUUACUCGCGUAUUCGACGCUCACGAGUUGAAAUAUUCCAACUUUUCAGCGCGUCCUUGACGCGCAUACGCCGCGGCGUUUUUAUCAUCAAUCGGGUGUUUUGUUGAUAUUUAAAACAUUUGAAAAGCAUUUUUGAGAUGAGGUUAGUGUUGCUAAUAUUUUGAGUGUGGCAGUGUGUGUGUUCUGUGUUUCAUCAUCUUCCUACAUCUCCAGAAUAGCAUUAAAUGAGCUGCUCUACAAGUGACACCACCUUAGUUGAAGCCGUGAGACGUCAUGACGUGCUCUGGCGUCCUCAGGACAGCAACUACUUUAACAGAAAUAAGAAGAAGCUAGCAUGGGAGGAGGUGGCAAAGACCACUGGGAGAUCAGUUCAGGAUGCAAAAUCGAAAUGGAAAAGUCUGCGUGACUACCACCUACGCAAACGCAGGCAAUUGCCAAGUGGCUCUGGCUGCCCGCCACCAGAGAACUCCUCCUGGCAAAAGGAAAUGUCAUUUUUGGAUGAUGCCAUCAAGCCUAAACCGGUAACGACAAACUUGACGCAGCCUGGAACAGGAUCGCAAUCCUUAUUCUACUACACAAACCAAUACUCCAAUGAGCUUUGUGUGUCUGAUGAGGACAGCAGCGAGACUCAACUACCAGACGACAGUGCUGCAGCGAGCUGUGCCUCAGGAGUCCUCCCAGUUGCGACGCUCCUCGGAGGGCCUCGGAUGUCCGCGGUGCCACCAGCAGCGAGCUGUGCAGUCAGUUCAGGAGUCCUCCCAGCUGCGACGCUCCUCGGAACGCCUCGGGUGUCCGCGGUGCCACCAGCAGCGAGCUGUGUCGCCGGCCCGAGCCAUCCGCGCUCUUCUGGCACCAACGGCCAAGUCAAGCAGGUCAGGGGGCCGGGUGCUCGUGGCGCCGAGAAGCUUGACGCCGCCAUAGCGUCCAUAGAACGCGCGGUGAGCGACCUCCGUAACCCGGACCUACUAUUUGGUCAGCUGGUGGGGUUGGAGAUGGAGCGUGUGAGGGACGACAAGAAAGCGGAUGCGAGACUGGAGAUUCUUACAGUCUUGAAAAGGGCGCAGUCCGAUUAAAAGCAGGUGAUAACCUUCGCACGGGUGGGGGAGGGGGGACGUUUUUCACACAUAUUUGAUAAAAAAUGACCAGAAUGAUUCAAAACGAUCUUAUAGCCAGACAUGUGCAUGGAUCCGAGAGGUGGAUCUAUGAUCUGAGCGGAUCUCUCGAGCUUAUGGGUAAGAUCUAUGAUCUGAGUGGAUCUCUCGACACAGUUGAGGGGUUGGAUCUAUGAUCUGAGUGGAUCUCUCGACAAAGUUGAGGGGUUGGAUCUAUGAUCCGGGUGGAUCCCAGAUCUAGAUUCAUGGGAUCGAAUUUCAGAUCCAUUUUCCCGGAUCCAUGCACAUGUCUGCUUAUAGCGAGCUAUAUAAUGCCUGUUCGGCGUCUUUCCAGCUUCCUUUGAUUCUGAGAUAAUGUGAUGCGGCCAAAUGCGUCCCCUCUCCAUGCAACCUCCACCAUGGCGAACUUUGCUGAGCCUGAGUCAUAUUCUGCGUAGUGUGUAUUUCCGCAGUCUGAUCGCUAUAGCGACCCUUUUUCAAGUUUUGAUUUAGGAGUGAAUUCGUUUACCUGGUGUUUAAAUGUUUGAGCUCCUUUGCUGUGAAGUUGAAGUUGGACGUUACGUGGUUAUCUGACUUUGGUUGUUGGAAAGGGCGACAGUUAAUGUUAUUUAUUUCCACUACUUUCGCGUGCAAUAAACGACAAAGGCCGGAAA